GGUCUUUUAUUAGAGUGGUGGUGUGUGUGCAUAUGUUUAUGUUGUUCCACUUUUUUGCAUGUUUGUCUUCUCAUCAUUCAUGCCAUUCAGAGGAGAGUUCUGCAUUGCUUCACUUCAUCAACACUGAACUCAGUUUUGACACCGACUUUUCUUAUGAGGAUGACUGCCCCCAGCUUUUUCCAAAGACGAGUACGUGGAGAAAUGGGACAGAUUGCUGUUCAUGGAUGGGCAUCACGUGCCAUUCUGUGUCUGGUCACGUGAUUGGCCUUGAUCUUAGUUGUAGUAUACUUAAAGGUAAUAUCCAUCCUAACAGCACUCUUUUCCAGCUUACUCAUCUCCAAACACUCAACCUUGCUUCAAAUAAUAUCUCUGGACCUGAAUUGCCAUCUCAAUUUGGUAGAUUUGUGAGUCUCACACACCUCAACUUAUCUGAUUGUGAUUUCAAAGGUGAAAUUCCUGCUCAAAUCUCACACCUUUCCAAAUUACAAUCACUUGAUCUCUCUUGGAAUGAUGGUUUGAUAUGGAAAGAAAUCACUUGGAAGAGAAUGUUGCAAAAUGCAACUGGUUUAAGAGAGAUUAUAUUGGAUGGUGCUAACAUGUCUUCCAUCACUACAACUUUCUCCAAUUGGUCUUUCUCUUUGGUUACUCUUAGUCUUGUUGAUACUGGAAUAAGGGGACAUUUGACAAGUCACAUUCUCUGUUUACCCAAUCUUUAUGAGCUUUAUCUGUCUGAAAAUCAAAACAUUCAAGUCCAUGUUCCAAAGUUAAAUUGCAGUACUUCUCUUAAUUUUUUGGAUCUUUCAUGGUGUCAAAUCCCAAGAUCACAAAUUCCUCCUUCCUUUUCUAACCUCACACAUCUCACUUACUUGGACCUUUCAUACAAUACAUUUACUGGCCCAAUCACAUCAUUGUUCUCAAACCUUCAACAUCUCACUCACUUGGACCUUUCACACAAUAAAUUCAGUGGCUCAAUCCCAUCAUUUCUCUCAAACCUUCAACAUCUCACUCACUUGGACCUUUCAUACAAUAGAUUUAAUGGUCAGUUUCCAAAAGUAAUUGGUCAAUUGACCAAAUUACAAACACUCAUUCUUGCAGGUAACAAUUUAGGAGGAAAGUUAUUGCUAUCUUCAUUAGCUAACUUAACUCAAAUUUCUCAAUUGGAUUGUUCUCAUAAUAAGUUUCAGGGGCCUCUACCUAACAAAAUAACAGGUUUUUCAAAUUUGACUAAACUGUUAUUAAAUGAUAACUUGUUGAGUGAGACAAUUCCAUCUUGGAUUUUCUCUUUACCAUUUUUGACCGCCUUAGAUCUAUCAAAUAAUCAGUUCACUGGACACAUGAGUGCAAUCUCAUCCCAUUCCUUGCAGGCUCUAAGCUUAUGUGGGAAUAAGUUAGAAGGAAAUGUUCCAAAAUCAUUGUUUAACCUUGUGAAUCUCAAUGUCUUGUGUUUGUCAGGCAAUUGGAGUGGUCCUCUCGACUUUUCAGUUUUUUCUAAGUUUCGAAACCUUGGAUCUCUUUCUCUUUCAGGUUUCAAUUCAUUUUUACCAUGUUCUGAAACCAAUGCUGGUCACCAGUUCACCUACUUGUUGGAAUUGAAAUUGUUUCAGGUUGAUUUAACUAAUUUUUCCAAAAUCUCGUGCGAAUUUCCAGUGUUACAAACUCUCGAAUUAUCAGAAAAUAAACUUGAAGGAAAAGUUUCCCAAUGGAUACAUGAUAUGCAUUCAUUAAAGAUUUUGAAACUUUCACAUAACCAAUUGUCAUCAGUAGGCCAAUUCCCAUGGUAUCAACUUGUAUACCUUGAUCUUAGUUUCAACUUGUUGAGUGAUGACAGUAUUUCCUUCAUUUGUAAUGCAACUUCUGUCGAGAUUCUCAACUUGUCGCACAAUAAGUUCAGAGGCACCAUUCCACGAUGCCUUGCCAAUUCAUCAUACCUUGAGGUUUUGGAUUUGCAAAUGAAUAAACUUCAUGGCACUCUGCCGAGUACAUUUCCAGGGAAUCUCAUUUCAUUGAAUCUCAAUGGGAACCAAUUGGAAGGUCAUUUGCCUAGAUCUUUGUCCAACUGCAAAGAUUUGAUGGAUUUGAAUCUUGGCAACAAUCAAAUAGAGGAUACAUUUCCAACUUGGCUUCAAAGGUUACAGAAUUUGAAGAUUUUAGUUUUACAAUCCAAUAAGUUGUAUGGACCCCUUGUCAGCUUGAAAACCAAAGAUGCCUUUUCUCAUCUACUUGUUUUUGAUAUCUCAUCCAAUAACUUUAGUGGCCAAUUACCAAAAGCCUACAUAAAAAGUUUCCAAGCCAUGAAGGGUGUUUUUGGAGCAGAAGUGCAAAGCAGUUUUGAUUAUUUCAAAACUUUUAGUUAUAACAGCGUUUCUACCAUAAACAUUCGAAAAGACUACGAGGAUUCGUUGUCUGAAACAAUUAAAGGGGUUAGAUUAGAUUUUGAGAAAAUUCCAACCAUUCUUGCCAUCAUUGAUUUCUCAGGAAACAAAUUUGAAGGAGAGAUUCCAGAUGUUUUUGGAGAGUUUCAUAUACUCAAAGGCCUCAACCUUUCACAUAACAGACUUGUUGGUCAUAUUCCCCACUCUUUGGGAAAUUUGACAAACCUGGAAUCAUUGGAUCUCUCCUCAAAUAUGCUUACUGGGAAUAUUCCUACUGAAUUGACAAAUCUCAACUUUCUUGAAGUCUUGAAUCUUUCCCAAAAUCAAUUGGUGGGACCGAUACCUCGAGGAAAACAGUUUGAUUCAUUUUCAAAGGAUUCCUAUGAGGGAAACAUGGGGCUAUGUGGAUGGCCAUUGUCAAUUCAAUGCAAUGACAAUGUCCCUUUGCAACAAUAUCCACCUUCUGAGGCUGAAGACAAAUUUGGGUUUGGUUGGAAACCAGUGGCAAUAGGAUAUGCAUUUGGAAUGAUGCUUGGAAUAGGGUUGGGAUAUUGUGUUUUCUCAAUUGGAAAGCCUCAAUGGCUUGUGAUCAUGUUUGGAGGCAAAAGAAUCAAAAGGAGGAGCCGUGGAAACCGCCGUGCAAGAACCACUCUGUUUCAGCUUUUUGUUGUAAUGUAAAUGUGCAAUAAUAAUUGUGUCAUGUGGUGUUGUGUGUUUU